AAAAUCUAAAGAUAAUGCUAGGCACAUGUUCGAAUAAUGAAUACGCUUGUCCAAUAAUUGGCAGAUAUUUUCAGCUUAUCUGUCGGCAAUUCGCUUGCUUGCUUAUUUAUAAAUAAAAGUCAACUGAAACCACUGCUAAAACAAUUGUGUUUAUUAACUUGUUAAGUCAACUACUAUAUUUCAGAUUCGCUUCUAAAAUGCAUGCCAAAUUCUGUCUGUUGUUUUUGUUUGUUGUGUGCAUUGCUGGACUUGUGUCGGCGAAGCCACAAGGAGAUCUUAAAGACUCUACCGAUUGUGGUGAAAAUGAGGAAUUCACAACCUGCGGCAACAUCUGUCCACAGAGAUGCGAAGGAGGUCUUCGUUUCUGCUCACUGCGCUGCUUUAUUGGCUGUCGUUGUAAAAGUGGCUAUGUGU